GCACCAAUGCGCACUUCUUUCAAAGAGGGAUCUGGUGACACCCCCUCUAAAAAAAAGGCCAGGUACAGCAUUAGUCACGUCUGUUCGUCGGUCCUCAUUAUCUCGCCGGUUGUUAUCAGAGUGACCCUAUUUUUCGAACGCGUUGCUCUCGGUCUCAGUUUAAACAUUGACGCCGCUUGCAAAAUGGCGCGUCCCCAAGUCAGUCUCCGCCUCUCUUGCCUUCUCCUGCUCGGAUUGUGGACUUAUGUUCAAGCAGAAGAAAUCGACCUUCACCUUUCCAACCCUCCUCUCUUCGACUAUGGUACACAUACUGGAGACAUUGAGCUAAAAGACCUCUCCUCGGUAAACGACCGCAGGCUGGCACUGCCCUUCAACAUCUCAUACCUCGGCUCCAGCUACAAGACCCUCUACUGGCUAUGAGCCCAUCGUGGAUGACUACAUCGGGGAAGUCUUAUUUCGGCUCAUCGACAAGAACAAACUGGAUGGUGAUGAGCAUGAGUCUGAGUAUAGGAGACUGCUUAGAUACAUGAACGAGUACGUCCCGAGUGCCGUGGUGAACCCUCCCGAGAACUUCGACGCUCAGCUGAUCGUGGUGGUCACUUGGGUUGACGUGACGGAUUCCGCUCAGAAAGAGGAAGAACUUGACGGUGGGGAAUACUGUGGGCCGACCUCUGAACCCUGCAAGUCAGCGACAUUUCAAGCUGUGAUCGUCGCCGACUCCGUCAACACAUUCGCCAUAUUUAACUACGCCAAGAUGGACAUUCCAAUCACAGGAAACUACCAGGCUGGCUUUAACGGAGGGUACCGUCGAGGCUGGUACAAUGUGAUCCCUUGCCAGGAGGAAUGCCUGGCCAAUUUGAACGCCUCCAACGUGAACGACCUGCCGAGUCACACGGGAAGUGAUGUCAUGGGCCGCUACAUCCUCAGUGUUGGUCACGAGGUCAUCAUCAGAGGCGGCUGUCUGCCCCCAGAGCUUGUGGCUGGUACCCUGGAAGUUUACCCGCGCGAGGUGGGCAUGUUUGGCGGGGAGCUACUUGAGGUGUCUGGCAAAUGCGCGGGAAACAGCAAUCCUGUCCACUGCCGCUUCAGCUACGACGACCCCUCGGCACCUGUCAAACUGUAUGUCCAGACGGAAGGUCAGAUGCGUAACGGCAUGAAGGGAUUCUGCCCUGUGCCCAGAAUGACGUGGACAGGACCGACAGUCGUCUCCUGGUCUUCCGACGGAGUCGAGUGGAGCACUCACCGAAGUAUCACUGUGGUUUUGCCGGACCGUAUGGAGCGACCAGUUCCAGUCCCCGACGCCAUAGAGAAGCAGUGGUACUCCCAGGACUCCGAGACCAUCACAGUGGUGUGGGACCCCGACAACUUUUCUCCGCGGGGCAGCCAGGCUGAGGUGGAGAUAACCCUGCUGGGGUACAUGGAGGACGAGCAGAGCGGAACGGUCCGCUUCUCAACGCUCGAGAGCUUCGGACGAGCAGACAACAGCGCCGGUCAAUUCACGUUCACAGUCAGCGACCACCGAUGUAAGAAAGACUGUGAGAAGUUUGAGCAAGCCUUGCUGGAAGUGAGUCUGCCUCCUGAGCUAUACGCGCAAGCCAAGGAGAGAGUAGCUCUGAGGUACGGUCCUAUCCCUCUGGGCUGGUAUGUGAACGAGGAGCUCACGAAAGUGCGAGGCGGCGAUUGGUCCAAUCAGAAGUGUCACGAGUGGCAUUCCAAGGACUCCGCAGACGAGAAGUGGGUGGAAGAGAUCAUACCGUGUCCUUGCAGUCUGGACCAAGCGCUUGCGGACUUCGGCCGUUUCCAACCUGACCCCGGAUGUAACCUCUACACCGGAAGUGCGUGCUACUUCCACAUAGGAGCCAAACAUUGCGUGCGCUCUGUUGUACCAAGGGCAGUACACCUGACCGCGGACAUGUGUGGGGUGCUCACCCUUUCGGCCGGCCAGAUCACGUGCCCUCCCUGUCUCACUGGAAAAAUGACGUCAUCCCCCUCUACUACUGCUGUCUGUGGAACGAUUAUCAACUCUGUGACCUUUACAUGGAGCAGCGGCCGACUGCAGACUGCAGAAACUACGACGUGCCUGGAAUUGGGAAAGUGGAAGACGCGGAGACUCUGUUCAAGUACCCGAAGAGCGCCUGGCCUCUAAGCUCUUACACGCCCUACUACGAAUACUCGGAGAUACCCAACAACUACAACGGUGCUCCUCAGCUGUGUAAGAGAGCGCUUGGACACAGCGACAGAACUCGAGCGAGCCGACUACGGUAUUAAAGUAGUGGACGAGGAUGACAAUGUUGAGUACAUCAUACACUGGCUGCCCAGGCCGGGUCAUGUCUGCACCAUUGAUGAUCCUGCCGCUGACAUUGGUAUAAUCGUGGCAAUCGCUGUGGGAACAGGCCCCCCUCCCGUUUACAGACCAAGUGGGGACCCAGUGCGCAUGUCAGGCUCAUCAAAGGAAGAGCGGGGACUCCAGGGAAGUAACGUCUGA